CACUUUCACACCUAAAUAAAAAAACAGUUCACUUAUUUAGCGAACCAAUCGAAUCAAUUAACAACACCACUCAGUUCCCAUAUAGGACAAGGUAACUAAUAAAAAAACACAGUUUCAAAUUAUAUAAAGAACAAGAAAAUUGGUGAAAUCACGCACGGCUGCGUUCGCUUCUGUUUCUUAGGAAUCAAUCUGGACUGGACGCCCUGCACAGAGUCAGAGAAUGAAUCUUCUGCUCACAAAAUGAAAUGAAGCGUAACAGCCACAAAUUGGUGAUCUCUUGUUCAUAGGAUUUGAUUUGACGUAAAUACACUGCCUCCCAGAUUAGCUCAGAAGUAGAUAAAGGCAACAUUGGAUUGAAAAUUUGUAAUUCCCAUGUCAAUUUUGGAGAAACCAUCUCAGUCCUCAUCUUCAUCAGGUUAUUUACCGUUGUCAUCCUUAGCAGCUCAAAAUGUUGAUCCAUUGUUAAAGGAUUUAAAUGAAAAAAGGCAGAGCUUUAGGCGAAACGUGGUUUCAUUAGCGACAGAGUUAAAGGAGGUUCGUGGCAUACUUGCAUCCCAGGAGCAAUCAUGUGCUAAAGAAAUCCUAACAAGACAGGAAGCAGAGUUAAAAGCCAAGAGCAUGAAAAUGGAGAUUGGCAUAUUGCAGAAUGAACUGGAAGAAAGAAAUGAGCAGCUUCAGGCUUCAGCUUCUUCUGCUGUGAAGUAUCUGAAGGAGAUGGAUGUUCUUAGAACACAGCUUUCAGCAAAUAAAGCAAGCACAGAUGCAAGUGCUGCAUCAGCUCAAUCAGCACAGCUCCAAUGCUUUGAACUUCUAAAAGAAUUAGAUGAGAAAAACAGUUUGCUAAGAAAGCAUGAGGAUUGUGUCAUUAGGCUGGUGGAGCAACUAGAUAAUCUACGGAAAGAUCUUCUGGCAAGGGAAUCUUUGCAAAAGCAAUUGAAAGAUGAAGUCCUAAGAAUUGAGCAUGAUAUUAUGGAGACCUUCCCAAAAGCUGGAGAGAACAAGUAUUUUGCACUGAGGAAAAUAUUAGAUGAGGUUUCUCCGAAGAAUUUUGAGAACAUGGAGAAGCUUCUGGUUGUUAAGGAUGAUGAAAUAGCAAAACUGAAGGAUGAAAUUAUGAUUAUGUCUGCCUAUUGGAAGCUCAAGACGGAGGAAUUAGAGUCACAGUUGGAGAAACAGCGGCAUAUCGACCAGGAGCUGAAAAAGAGGGUGUUGAAGUUGGAAUUUUGUCUGCAGGAAACUCGUUCUCAGACUCGGAAGCUCCAUCGGAUGGGAGAGCGACGGGACCAAGCUAUUAAAGAACUGAGAGAUCAAUUAGCAGCAAAACAACAAAGCGAGGUUGUGGCAGCAGAACAGCAAAAUGAUUUCUGGGAAACCUCUGGAUUCAAAAUCGUGGUCUCCAUGUCAAUGCUGCUGAUCUUGGUGGUAAUUUCAAAGCGAUGAUACCAUUCUUGUGUAUAGAGAGAAAUUAUACCUUCGAGUUUAUUCAAGAAGUCUAGAGAAGUGAUACAAGUCAUUUUUGCAUUGUAGAAAUGCUUUGUUAAGAGUUAAGAUCACAAGCAUUUUUGCGGUGUUGUGUAAAAGUUAUGUUGCAAUAUCUGUGCUCAUAUAGUUAAAGCUAGUUCAUUGCAUCAUUGUUGUUAAUAGUGAGAGGACCUGAAUGUAAGCUGUUAAUUUGUGGAUUUAUCCACACCACAAUGAUAUAUGGCUUUCUGAGGAAGAUCACAUUCAUAUUUACUCAUUAAGGAUGACGUUGUAGUUAAAUACCUAAUGGACUAUCUCGGUUUGUGUUGAACACAUCAGUGGUUAGGUCCUCUAUGGUUCAAGUAUAGCCAAACAUUCAUGCUCUAUGGUAAAUAAAAUUGAGAAGUGCUCCUUUGGAGUGGUUCCUCAAAAGUCUUCACAGUUUACCAAUACCAUAAUUGUUGCUUUACAUAUAAUUAUAUGAACCGUGACAUCUCUUUAUUCAUCUAAAUCUUGACAGGCCCUCAUAACAGACUCUUUUUAAAGUUACGAAAUUGUUCCCUUGACCAUCUCCUAGUUUCCUUGAUUUUAAGUUUUUAACCCUACCCACAUGAAGUAUUUUUGCUGAAUAACAAUCCCCAAUUUAUAAGCAAAUGAAUUUCCAAAACAACUCUGACCAAUGAACUAUUCUAGUACCCGGACCUGACCAUAGCCUGUUACACAGCCUAGAAGCUACAAGUCAUAGUCAUCUCCACAGUUGAAAUCCUUAACUUAUAUUCUUUCACCUAAGCGAAAGCUUAACAUAUGGACGAACGUUUUUUUGUCUGUGUCAUCAUCACGUACUCUUCACUUCUACUAUAAUGUUUCUGCACCUGUAGACCAGUACAACUCUAAGGUGGAGCUAGAGUAUUGAUCUUCUCUGUUGAUUUCUAUGGAAAACUUAUCCCUCUAUGAGUUCAUACU